AUGGAUUCCGAUUUGAAGUACAUAUACGAGCAGUAUGUUGAGUCGUCCGACGGCUCGUCGGACGAGGAGUACUCUGAUGAGAUGGCGAUGAUGCGGGUGGUCCUUGAAGACGCGGAGCGUGCGGGGGAGCAUGUUCUCAAUUUCAAGGGCUCGAUCAAGGGUCAUCGAGUGCUCAACCGCAACAGGGCGCGCGGGGAUUUGACACUGAUGGCCGACUAUUUUGCCUCCAAUGCACUAUUCGCUGACCAUUUUCGCAGGCGUUUUCAGAUGCGCAAGACGGUCUUUGAUCGUUUGUACCAUGGCGUCCAGUCCUAUGAUGACUACUUCAUCCUAAAGAAGGACGCCGUGGGAGUGAUUAGCUUAUCUGGUUACCAGAAGUGCACAGCCGCACUCCGGAUGCUUGCAUAUGGCACGACCGCUGAUUCGUGGGACGAGUACCUACGGAUGUCUAAGAGCACAUGCGGAGAUGCCAUUGUCAGGUUUGCAACUGCCGUGGUCGAGGUGUUCGAACCUCAGUACCCGAGAAAACCAACUGUGGCCGACACCGAGAGGCUCCUAGCAAUCUCAAAAGCAAAAGGGUGGCCGGGUUUGCUUGGAUCUCUUGACUGCAUGCAUUGGAAAUGGAAGAACUGCCCGAAGGCUUUACAAGGGCAAUAUCAAGGUCAUGUUAAGAAACCCGCCAUCAUUCUUGAAGCAGAUGCAUCACAUGAUCUUUGGAUUUGGCACGCUUUCUUUGGCAUGCCUGGGUCUCACAAUGACAUCAAUGUGCUACAACGAUCGCCAUUGUUUGCAAGGCUGACUGAAGGAAAAGCUCCUCCUUGCCACUAUACUGUCAAUGGACAUGAGUACAACAUGGGCUACUAUCUGGUUGACGGUAUCUAUCCUCCACAGGCUACCUUUGUCAGCACCAUCUCAAGCCCAGUUGGCCAUAAAAGGCUCACUUUGCCCAAAGACAAGAAGCAGUUAGAAAGGAUGUUGAGAGGGCAUUUGCAGUUCUGUAGGCCCGUUUUGCAGUUGUUCAUGGACCUGCUGAACAAUGGGAUCCGGAAACCUUGUGGGAGGUGA